AUGACACAGUCGCGGCGCUAUCACGGGACGCCCAAUGCACCGCAGUAUUCUGAGGAUCGUGUGGCCAGUUGGUGCCGCAGACUCUGGGCCCUAGCGCAGUGUGGCAGCAGCAGCAACUGCAACAGUGGCGAUGUGCAGCAGUGCGCCUCAUCCGUGUCUGGUGGUCGUAACCGCAUGCUGCUAGGCGAGGUGCAAAACCAGGCGAAGCUUGCCGAAGAGCUUAAGGCGGUGAUGAUUGGUGAGAAGGGCCGCUUGCCGGAGUCUCUCGUAGAGUCGGUGUGGCACGUGUAUGAGUCAAUCAUCCCGCCUGACGUGCUAAGCGAUAUGGGUCGCCGCGUGACUCCCGUGCAGGAGGCGGGAUUCUUCGACUUUGUGGCCUGUCUGACAGAGCUCGACAUCAAUCUUGCCGACGUGCGGGCGGCGGCAAAGAAGUUGGGGUGCUGUCUCGACGCUGUUGAGACACUCCUCGUUGAUGCGCAACGCGGAUCAGGGAAGACCACGGAGGAACGCAACCCACCCGGUGUAAGUAGCAGCACCGACGAUGCGGCGGCGCUCUCUACCAAAUUGGUUGUGGCGAAGAAUGCUCUGCUGCGGCAGUGCUUUGCUGUGCGGCAGGCGGGGUCGCCGGUGCACUAUCUCUGGUUGCGGCAGACGGCGUCGCUGGAGCGUGGGAUGCGGCGGCUAAUGGACUUGCGUCGCUGCGUCACGUACUUCAACGGCAGGUGCCGCGAGCGCAUCGCCUCACUUCAGGUGGAGCUCAAACUAGUGCAGCAGCAGCAGCAGCAGCAGAAACAACAACACAUGGACGUACAACUGCCCACAGCAGAGGAAAAGUCACGUAGACAGGAGUGCAUCGAGCUAUGGGUAACGCGACAGCGCCACGUGUCUUUGAUUGACGGCGCCCUGGAGUUUCUCUUCAGCGACUUCUUUGCGAGGGAGUGGCUCGUGAUGGAGGAGUUGACCUGGUACUCCACGCCGCCUUCGCUGCUGGAGCAGGUGAUCGCUGCAGAGCAGGUGCACCCCUUUGUUGGCGGCCUCGCUGACAUAAAGCAGCGGCUGCAGCCGACGCAGGACCGCCACCUCUUCGCCUUCUUCCAUCCCGCUGUUGUGGAGGAGCCGUUGAUUGCUGUGCAGGUCGCCCUCACGCACGGCAUCGCCGGCUCCGUCGACCACAUCCUUGGUCGGCCAUCACAUCUCCAUAAGGAACAUCAGCAGCACGAUGCGGAGCCGGUGGACACCGCCAUAUUUUACAGCAUAAACUCCGCCCAGUCUGCGCUUCGCGGUAUCAACCUUGGCAAUAUGCUCAUCAAGCGUGUGGUACGUGAGAUCGAGGCGAAGCUCAAUGCGGCACGACGUGCUGAGGGCCUCUCACCCAUUACAACCUUCUCUACCCUAUCACCCAUUCCUGGCUACAUCCCGUGGUUUGCCACAGAGGUGGCAAAGCUUCAACACCGUGUGUUAACGCAUAACAGCAGCAGCAGCAGCAGCAGCAGCCACAUGGUGACGACGCCGGCAGGCCAGAAGUUUACGGACCACCGCAUCUUUGGCAAUGCUGGCGAAGAUGAAAGGCGUUACUUUGCACAACUAGGCGCAGCAGUUGUAGCGUACUCAAAGCGUCAUGGAGAUACCCAUACUAAUCUUGCAACUCAGCUCCAUCGUUAUUUUACUGCGAUUUCUGCUAAUGUUGCCGAGAGUGCUGCAAGUGACGCGGCCAAACUGUCCAUUCUCCAGUAUCUACUGGCGCUCUUUCAGUCUCCCAAUAACGGCCAGCAAAGCCCGUGGUGGGAGGAUGGCGAGUUCACGCGUGCAAUUGAGCGGCCUCUGCUACGCUCUGUGGCGCACUACCUCUGUAGAGAGAAGCGGCGCAACCGGAUUUUGGACCCUGUUGGUAACUUUCACAUCUCCAAUGGGGCAACAAUGCUGCGACUCAACUAUUUGGCUAACUGCACCGCCACCGGCAGCCGUGAGAGCGCCACAGUGAUGGUGAACUACCUCUACGACCCUGCACAGGUGAGCGCACAGGUGAAUGCGUACGAAGUGCACCGUACUGUGCCAAUCGCUGGCGAAAUUCUUCAGCUCCUGGGGAGUGAAGGAGAAUGA